AUGGCACUUGCCCCUGUGGCUGGAAGAUUGGAGGCCGGCGUCAAAUUGACAAAUCCCGCUGUUAUUGUCCUUGGCACAGAAGGGGCCAUGGAUUUCGUUCAAACUGGUUGCUCUGAAACAAACGCCAACUUCACGUGGAACUUCAGUACAGGUCCAUUAAGAACCGGCUUAGUGGUUUACUGGACCAUUAUAUUUGCUGGUAGCAGUGCGUUUCUACUUGGAUUAUCGGAACUGUUUCUGCUCCGACUCAGAGCCUAA